AUGAAAAGAGCUAAUUUUUCUGACUUGUUUGCUAGUAACUACAUCGCAAGAGAAUUUUUCAUACUUUAUCGAUGUGUUUUUCGUAUUAAAUUUAUAACUGAGGUGAAUGGUAACAAAACCGAUAUCAGAAUAGAAGACGCCAAGUUAGGACCUCUAAUUAGCACAAGAGGUUUACGUUUCAUUGUAACUGAACUUGACGACACAUCAAAAUACUUUGAUUUUACGGUUAAAGUUUAUGGUUGCACAGCUCCAUGGGAUCCGUUUAUCUUUGAUGUUUGUACAAAGACAUUUGUGGAGAAAAAGCCUGAAAGGAAUCUCAUGAAAUCUUUUCUAUCAACCAAAGAGUUAUUAAUUCACUGUGGUUUAUCACCAGUCAUUUAUAGGAAAGAAACAUACACGAAACGCUGUUUCUUGACAACCAGUCGAAUGCCAUUUAAAUGGACAGAUUUUGGACCAAGAAUAUCAGAGAUUGCUUUGCUUUUGAAGCCAAGUAAUACUAUUGUUGGUCAAAGUGAUAAUAUUAGUGCAUUCAUAAGUGAAGACAUGGGUUUUACAUGGAAAGUGAUUAAUCAGUUUUUGAUGAAACAAAUGAUGAGUCGAUCAUCAGAAAUAAUUUAUUCUACUAAUAUGACGCAGUAUUAUGCCAGGAAAACACAUGGUGAAGACUUUAUAAAUACGAUGUGUGAGGGAAAUAAUAAUGAUGAUUGGAAAAUUUGUGCUAAUGGAAUUGCCUAUGGAAGCAAACUUAUCACAGAUUGGAGUAGUCACAAUUUUACCCUUCCAUUACACAUUUAA